GUGUAUUUUUUAUGUUUGAUGUUUUGACAAGUUUAUGUAUGGUUAAUGUAAAAUUAUAAAUUGUAUUUUAAUAUUAGGCAUGACAAAUUAUUAAAGUAUCAGUAUUUUAUUAUUUCAAAUGUAAACAAUUAAAUGUGUAACGAUGUUGAAUGCCGUACCAAAGGAAUUUAGAAAUUAUUCGAAAAAUUGCCAAAGUUUGGGAAGGAUAUUGCGGGAUACUCGUUGUGCUUUGGAUGAUAUUAGUAGCAAUUUACAGUUAGGAAGAGAGAUUAAAGAAGAUUUGUUGAAUCAAGAUGUAAUCGAUAAAUUUAAAAAUAAGCUAGAUACAACACCAACACUGAUGGUUUUUGGCCAGAACUGUCAUGCUAAAGCCUUAUUCGUCAACAGUUUACUAAAUGAGAUUAUUCUACCGUUGUUUAGCACCCAGUGGCGUUAUAUCACUUUUAAAUAUAGACAGUCAAGGAAUAUCCGUUUAACGUGGGGUCAUGAAUAUGAAAUUGUUGAAAAAUUGAAAGCACAUGAGAACCCAUGGGUUACUAUACCAGAAGAAGAUUUACAAAGGACGGGUGAUGAUGUUUGUGCUUCACUAGAAGUAGAAAUUGAUCACCCUCUUCUAAAAGACAACGCUAAUAUUAUGGUCCCUCCAGAUUGUCAUAUUGAUCAUUUACCAGAAAUUCUCAAUAAGUAUAUGAGCAACACCUUACCUGUGAUAAUAUAUGCUGUGUCCGAAGAUAUCCUCAGUGAUUCUAAUAUUCAAGAAAUUCGUAAAUUGAAAGAGAUUUUUAAUUCGCCUUUUUUAUUUGUUACUGUUUCAAAUAUUGAACCUUCACAAAGUACUGAUUCUUUAACUGAGUCUGAACAACACUUGGUUGAACGCAAUGGUGGUCAACAUUAUUUACAACAAAUGCAGAAUUUACGUGAUCAGUUAAUAAGAUUAGGAUAUUUAAAUGAUGCAGAUAACACAAAGACUGAUGAAUUAAUAAAAAGAAAAUCGUAUUGUUUGGACUGUUCUUUGUAUAACACCCUCAUAUGUGAUAAACAGAUGAACGAAGAUUUUGUAGUGUUCAUUCAUGAGGUUUUAAAGUCGAGUAUUUUGAAACUUGCUGCCUUACUUAGCGAGAUCCAUAGUCAGUGCUUACGACGAUUUAUUUUGUCGGCGUUCGAUAUGGCACGCGAAAUUCAAAUAACCCCAAGACGUAUUCGCUAUGCCCAAGACAUAGAACUUCAGUUGUACAAAAAACUAAUGAAAAUGUCAAGUGAACAGCAAGAAGAAAUCACGGGAAUCAUCCAACGGACUUUACAAGAUAUGAGAUCAAACGUUAGUGAGGUUCUUCAGGGAUAUAACAAAAACGACGACCACCAAUCGACGAAAGUGGCAACUCUAGAAAUCCAACAGUUAGUUUUGAAACGACUGCGUAACUCCGUCGCUACUCAAAUCGUCCAAUCAGUUGGUUGCCUGCAAGAAAGUUUCACCGGAACCCUACAAAGAUGUCUAGAAAGUCUUGAAAAAAACUGCCACGAUUUAGAAGGCAACUUGUCGGCCUCCGACGCCGUCAAACAAAUUCUGAGUGCCGCCUACAGUAUCGACCUAAACUCAUCAACAUCAUUUUCCAUAGUUCAUACCUUUAUGGAUCGUCUAAGAACCAUAUUAGCCAACUUCAUACUGCCAUGGUCAUCAUCUCAAGUCCAGUGUGGCGUACAGUGGCAACUCCAGGUUGUAACAAACAUAAUCGACUCUUUAAGUGCGUCAAAAUUAGCAAAAACCAUUUCAACUCAGUUUCAAGAACACGUAAAGCUGUCGCACGAGGCGUUCCAGAGCGCUAUUCGCUCUCUCGAAAACCAGCUCUCAGGUCAGUUGGAACAAACCGAAGAGCAGCGGAUUUUGAUUCGUAAAAGGCACGCCCCAAGGUUCGCACGUUUGGCGUUAGAAAGCACGUCUUUGUGCGAUUUGGUUGUCUGGGGGAUGCCUAAACAAAUCCGCGAGAUUGGGCGGGGACAGUAUGGGGUUGUGUCGUCUUGUGAGCCGUGGGCGGAAAUAGAUCCUUGCGCGUUCAAAUCGGUGGUGCCUCCGGACGACAGACACUGGAAUGACCUUGCGAUGGAGUUCUACUACACUAGAACUAUUUCCGAGCAUCCACGAAUCGUGAAACUGAGAGGGUCUGUGAUAGAUUACACGUACGGAGGUGGUAGUUCUCCAGCGGUUCUUCUUAUUAUGGAGAGGAUGACCCGGGACCUACACUGUGGACUCCGUAACGGGUUAUCGUGGGUGAAGAGGUUGAGGAUUGCGAUCGACGUGGUGGAAGGCAUCCGGUAUUUACACUCUCAGGGGUUGGUCCACAGGGACAUCAAACUCAAGAACGUUCUACUCGAUAGUGAUGAUCGAGCGAAGCUGACGGAUUUCGGGUUUUGUAUUCCUGAAGCUAUGAUGUCAGGGAGCGUUGUGGGGACUCCGGUUCAUAUGGCACCAGAGCUACUUUCAGGUCGUUACGAUUCCAGCGUGGACGUUUACGCUUUUGGGAUUUUGUUCUGGUAUAUUUGUGCUGGACAAGUGAAGUUGCCCAAUCAUUUUGAUCAGUUUCAAAACAAGGAGCAACUGUGGAGUAGUGUGCGGAAAGGUAUAAGACCUGAAUGUUUGGCGCAGUUUAAUCAAGCUUGUUGGAAUCUUAUGGAACAGUGUUGGUCUGCAGAACCAGCGGACAGACCGUUACUGGGAUAUGUACAACCCCAGCUUGAAGCGAUUUACAAUAGUGCUAAAUCUGAAUCUUCAGGCAAGUUAUCCAGUUGUAGUUAUAGUCCUCCAUAUGAGUGCUCCUUUACUAAUGUCCAUGAAGAUUACUAUUACAACAAUUAUGCAUAUUUUAGAGAGUAUUAGGUUUAGUGUUUAGAUUCAUGUUGUUUUUAGACGUGUGUUUGACAUUCGUUCAUUA